UCGCAGCAGCAGCACAACAACAAUCUCUCUCUGCUGAUUAGAUAGCACUCGAUUGUUAUUAUUGAGAGGAGAGUUGAAGCAGAAGGGAGUUUAUUCAAAGACACAUUUAAUUUGUAAUUGCUGCUCUGCUGCAUUUAGGAAGGGAAAUCUGUCCAAGUUCUGUGCUAGAUUUACUCAUUCUUAAUCCUCCCAACUUCUCCCAACUAGAGUCCCAACAAUUGGUAGUUAAAUAUUUAUCAAAUAUACAAAUAGGUCAACUAAAAAUUUUGCGCUGUGGCAUCUCACUUUCACGUGUAGUGCACUUGGGAAUUCAGAUUAUCUGAUUCAUGUUCCCAUUUGACAUUCAGCUCGACUCGACAACAGCAAUUAAGAAAUUUAUUAGCGUGAGUGGUGUGUCAGUGCAGAACAUUCAAGGCAAUUAAGUAAGGUCGACUAAAUAAGUGCAGUAAUUUAAUUCCUUAUUGGGUUAAAAAACUCGAUGCAACCCAGCGAAGUGAAAAUGCCAUCCAAUACACUGGAUCUUGUAGACCUUUCUCGUCGAUUAAAGCAAGAAAAAUUAUUUGUUGCGAAUGAAAGGAAAGAAAUUGAAGGAUUAAAUAGGAAAGUUCAAGUGUUAUCAACGGGACUGCUUCAUCAAACCUGGUUAACUGGUCAGAAUCGAUUGUCACUGGAAGAUCUUGCUAAAGGACCGUUGUCAUCUAUUUUUUCUUCUCCUUUUCUAUCUCCGUCGGAUGGAAAUGGCGAUGCUUCUGAAAAUUUGGAACUAAUUCAAGCUCAGAAGCAUAUUCCUGCUCGUUCUUUGCAAUCGUAUAUAGAUUUGAUCUCCUUACUACGAAAUAACCCAGAGAUUGUGGCACUCUGCAUCAGUACUCAUGAAAAAGAAAAAUGUCACCUUGUACGCCCCCCAGGAAUUCCAAACAUUGACAUGGGAGAUAUCCUCCAGGCAGUUUUAAACCUUUAUGGCGGUAUUGGAGCGCCACUUUUUGAUGAUAGCAAUCUCCUACUCAAACUUCUUAGCUCAUUAGCUGGACUUCAAUUGGUUGGAGUUGAUAGCCCCCGUCGAGUUCUACGGCAAGGUUCCAGUGCUUUUAGUACACUUUACAAGUUAAUUUCUGAAACCAUUCCCUCGUCCCGUUUAUUCCUCGUGGGUGCGCUUCAUCACCCAGUUACACAGUUUCUUUCAUCGUCUGAAUUGCUUUGUUUGGGAAACGUACUGCCAACUGAUCGGGAUCGUGACGAUAUGCCAAUGUUGAGAAAUGGUGAUGCUACCAACAGAGACAUUGCGUCUUUAGAUCGUACUGAGAAAAUGGCAAAGCUAACUAAAUUGUUUGUGGAAAGCAUUUUAGACAACAUUCACGCAUUUCCAACAGGUUUAGCAUGGCUGAUAAAAUCUGUUCACACUCAAUUAAGUGGCGCAUUCCCGGAUAAAGAAGUUAGCAAAAUUUGCAAUGAUCUAAUUUGGGCAUUAUUUAUUUGUCCUGCUGUGACAAAUCCUGAGCCAUUUGGCGUUACUGACACUCCAGUAGGAACGCAUGCCCGUCAUACACUUUCUCAGGUUGCUACAAUUUUGCAAGCAUUAGCGUUGCACCCGUUUGAAGGAACUGAUCCUAGACUGGCAGAGUAUAUUUCAUAUUUUGACCCCGAAUCUCUUAGUUCAGUUUUGGAACAUGUGCUCAGCAUUGAUGGCUUGCCAUCGGAACAAACUGGAGUAGUAUCUUCUUUGACACGAAGAACUGUAUUAAUUCCAGAAAACCUUUUGCAUCCUCUAUUUACCUGGUUAAAAGAAUGUCUUAUUCUUCUUGAACAAAACGGGAAGCUAACGGAUGUUGACAUAUGGCCAAAUAUGGUCAAGCUCACAUCAACAGUAUACGAUAGUCAAGUGUCAAUGUUUAACCUUUCAAAAGCUGCCAGUCUUGAAACAAAGUCCAACAUCUCGCCAGUAAGUAGUCUAAGCUCAAUUGCGACCAUGAGCCCAUCACAUGCAGCAGCUAAUUUAUUGGCAAGUUCAAAGAAAGUGCUUCUGAAUCGACGAGAUGCUAAACCUAUCAAUGGAACUGGAAUCAAUACGGAAUCUGGGAAUGAGACCCCCGUUUCUGUAGUUGUAUUUCCUCUUACUCAAGCAUCAUGGGAGUGGUUGGGAAUGCUACCCGAAUCGGAGGUCAUUUCAUCUUCGAAAAGCAAACUUUUAAACGGAGGGCCAGACGUUGACUCUCUUCCCAGCCUUGAGGACCCAGAUGCAGAAGAAAGAGAUGACCGCAGUAGCAUUGGAGAAAAGCGCACACGCUUCUCAUUGUCUCACGAUGAAGGAUCCAUCGGUGCAAGUGACAAUUUGGAGGUGGAAGCUGUGUCUGAAGCUGCAUCAACUCACAGCGUUUCAUCUUCGAUUGAACUCGAAGAUCAAAAUGAUAAUUUGUCUGACAUGUUGUCGGCAAAUGUCAGCGGACGGGGUACUCCGAAUGUUUCUGGAAGAAAUACACCACUGUCACAAGCAGAACAAGAAGAUGUUAAUGCAAAUAAUAAUGAGGCUCUAGAUGAUGACAAUGACAUUAUUAUGGAUGAACCUCCCGGUGAACCACCAUUGCAACAGAACAAUAAUCCUCCCAAUUUGAAUAAUUUAAGUAUAAAUGGUCCUCGUCCAAAUCCAUCAAAACAAGCACGAUCAGAAAUUGAAGACAAAUUUUGUAAAUUUGAGAUCAGAGGAAUCCCAAAAAUGUUUGGUGGUGACGAAACCAUAUCUCUUGUAAGUGACACAUGGUCAACGGAUGUCCUUGCGAGUGACAGUGAAAUGGGUGGUGACACGGCGCAACAGACACUUAAUCAAUUGGGACAGUUAAAUGUUGGACAUCGAGUUCCACCCCCAAACCCACCAGUGAUUGAGUUGGCAGCAGUUGUUAAUCAAGACUCUAACCUACUGAAUAAUGACACAAUGUCCGAGGCUUGGUCUACGGAUGUAGCUGCGAGCGAUAUUGAAAGACUAAAUGAUUUUGAUACUGAUGACACGGCCAGUGUCGCGCGAUCCGAGACUGGUCGUUCAGAACUCGACGGAAUGGCGUCAUUUGACACUCCAUUCAGAAGUUCUGUCUCUGGAGGAGGGCCUUAUCGACGGCCGGAUCAGGAGCCAGAUUUGCUCAUGUUUGAUGAUAUGCAAGCUCGAAACAAUGAAGCUGCUGCAAGACAUCCUGGGUCUGCUCAUACUCCUGAUUUAUCGAUACCUGUAAAUUCCAAUAUUCUGGACACUCCGCCACAAAACGAAUCACUACUACUUGCAGAUGCUCCAAACUCGUCACAGUUAAGUAUGUCAGGAGCAUCGUCCAACUCAUUGCAAACGCCUGGUAGUAGCUGUCGAACUGGUCCAAUUCCAAAAACUAUCAGUUUUGACAAAACCGCAGAACGAGGAGAUAGAGAACAUUGGGACGAUGAAAAUGGUAGAACAAAAAGGUUUUUUCGCAACUUCCGGAACCCAUUUCGUGGAAGAAGUCGGAAAGGCAGAGGACAAGACGAUAGGUUCAUGGAUUGGGAACGUAUGCCUGAAUCCAAUCCAUCACUACAAGUUCCAAAAUUGAGAAAAAGCUUUUCAGAAGAUGUUGGUUCCCCAUAUCAAAAUCAUCCUCUCAAUGAAUCUUCUGAUGAAAUCUUGGCAAAGUAUCGUAGGAAGCCUAGCCUCACUGAUAGCAAUAACGACAGUCCAUUAUCUGCGAAUCGCGAUUCCAUAUCAAAUAAUAAUACAGCAAAGCAACCAUCUGGAUCAACCACAUCCGUCGCUCGGAAGGAUUCUUUAAAAAUUAGUCGUUCAGAUUUAAUUGUUGAUGCUCGAAAAAAACUUAGAAAUGUUUUGAGCAACUGCGAUCUUCAGGUUUCUCAAACUGCUGAUACCACAUCCAUUGACACGGCUAUGGUCAAUUUACUGAGGGUAGAAAUGGCAACCGCAAUUUCACGGGGGGAUCAAGUUACUGCGGCACACUUACAGGAGGCGAUGAGAACUGUAAAACAGUUAGGAAGCGAUGGCUGUCGAAAAGUGCUGAGAUUGAUGCGAGAUGACUACAGACGUCGCAGUGAUUAUGUAUCUUACCUCAUGAGAGCAAAGCAGGGUCUUUUAUCAACUAUACAGUUUCUCGAAAGAGCUACUGUCAAAUCAAAACAUGAGGGUGACACAUACUCUCAUUAUUUCAUCAACGAGUUUAUUCGGAUAUGGCUUGAAGACUCGAGUCAAGUUCACUUAGUUGAAGAGUUUGUAAAAGAAUUUAUAUCAACUAAUGCGACUGAUGAAAAAAUCGAGAUUCUGGAGACCUUUCUGUGUACGCUUUUGGAUUUAUUUAUUGGACAGAAAGAACUUACCGAGUGGCAACUUGGUAGAAUGGAAAAUGCGUUGGAACAAGUAAUAGUUUCCAAAAUAUACACGCACGCAUUAUUUCCCAACGGUGACGCAGAUACACACAGGGACGUGGUUUUACACGAGCACAUUCGACGAUUAUCUGCGAUCAUAAGGCCAAGCCAUAAAGAUUUGAGAAUUCCAAAAUCGCGACUUGGUGAAUGUCCGUGGCCCCCUGCACAACGAGAAUUGCAAAUGUUGCCUGCUUAUAAAACUCCAUCAGAUAAGUUAAGAUGUGUGGUUCGGACGUGUGCACUUAUAAUGAAUCUAUCGACGGAAAGGGUUGUCGCAGCAGACGAUUUUAUUCCUGUGUUGGUUUUCGUUGUAAUUAAGUGUAAUCCACCUGCGUUACUGUCUACCAUCCAAUACGUAAACAGUUUCUGUGGAGUAAAAAUUACUGGAGAAGAUCAAUAUUGGUGGACGCAAUUUUGCUCUGCUGUAGAAUUCAUUAAGACGAUGGAUUACAAUGAAUAAUAUUCUGCUUUCGUAAUAGAAGGUUGUCAGUAACAGUGUCAUUAAUGUCGAUAUCAAUUAUGUUCCCCAGUAAUUGUAAAAUUCAGUGUUUCAUACAUGAAUUAUUUGUUGUCUAUCAUUGAAAAAAUAUGUAAUUAAGUAUAUGAUUAAAUAUUUAUCUAUGUAUGUGCUAGCGUGUAUAGAUAUACAUAUGUAUGACCGUGUACGUGACGAAUAGUGUUUUUGAGUAAGUCGAUAAUUAACAGUUGUCAUAUUUAUAGGGCUUGAUUUAGUUUACGCCAGAUAAUGAAAGCCAAUGGAGAAAUUAUAAUUAUGCGCUUAUUCGGACAAAUUCUUAUUUCCUGUUGUGUUGUAAAAUUAAUUAAGAUUUAUAACUGAAAAAUAAAUUUUAAAAAUCA